AUGUUACCAGAUGAGAGGAUCCAUAAUAUAGAAGCUUUUGUAGAUGACGAUGAUGACUUUCCCAAUGAUGAUAUUGAUGUGAGCACAAUUCACUUGAAACCAUGGUUGGACCCAGUGGCUUUGGCAAGUGCCUUGAAUAAUUGGGGACCUGAAGAGGUAUCAGCGCUGGAAGAUGCAAAUUUUGUAUGGACAACUCGGUUGGUUUGCAAGAUGAUCAGAAGUUUCAAUUCAGCUGAAGCAGCAUGGCAGUUUUUCUGUUGGGUUGAUUAUCAGCCAGGUUUUACUCAUAAUGUUUAUACGUUCUCAAAGAUGGUUUCCAAGUUAGCACAGCAUGGUCGUCUGGAUUUAGCUGGUCAACUCCUGUCUAAGACAAAAAAGGAGCAGAUUAAAUUGCCAGUCAGCACAGUGAGAUUGAUUAUCGACUUCUAUGGCAUUUUUCAUAAUGGUCAGGCUGCUAUAAAGGUCUUCCGUGAUGCCAAAUCACUCUGUGGUCCACUACCAGAAUCUAGUCUGUUGAUUUUAUAUUCUUCACUUUUACACACGCUGGCGAAGUGUAAGAUGAACUCCGAUGUCUUGGAUAUCCUUGAUGAGAUGAUUUUGGAUGGUAUUUUACCAGAUAUCCAAACUUUUUCUGGAUUGAUCCAUCAUUUUGCACUUCAGAGAGAUAUUAAAGUGGUGCAGAGACUCUUUGGGAUGGUAAGGCAGGGUGGUAUAGAGCCUGAUGCUUAUUUGUUCAAGGUACUUAUUCGUGCUUAA